UUCAAAUCAUUGUAUCUAUUUGCGCUUACACGAUAAAGUAAUGAAUUCUAAAUACGCUGGUGGAACAGUUUUAUCACAUUUUCUAACUGAUGAAACCGGUUCAAAUUGUGGCGAUUUUACUUUUAAUGAACAAGAUUUACUUCUUUUAUGUUGUCGUGAAAUUAAUUUAAAUGAUCAACCAGCACAAGUAAUGGUUAGUCAUCCUAAAAUUCCUGGAUUAUCGUGGAUUAUAUUUUUCUAUCAAACGGCACCUAAUCAGUAUCAACCUAGAAUUGCAUUCGAUUUUCCUAGUUAUUUAAGGGCAGAUUGUGAAGUAUGCAUCCAGUUUGCUGGUAUGCAUUGGGUUGUAAAGUAUAAAUUUGAAGGUAGUUCAUGGUUAACAUCUUCACUGCCACCGAAAGCUAUGAAUGAACGUUGGGUAACAUUGGGUACGGUGAAAAAGGUUGAAAUACGAGUGAAUAUCACUAAAAUAUGGUUUAAAUUUCCCAUAUUUACUGCUUGUUGUCAUCCAGUAAAAGUAAAACGCUUUGUACGACAACCAGAUUUUACAAUGCCGGAUGAUUUUUCCGAUGUACAGUUACUUCCUCAAGAUUCAAAUAAUCGUCGACUAUUUUCUCACCGUCAAGUAUUAGCAAUGAAUUCACCAUGGUUUGCUGAACGUUUUCGUAAUACAUCAGCUUUGAAUACUGGUGAUAUUGGACCAAUUAUUUCUAUUCCCUUUAAUUAUGAUACUGUUCAUAACUUUUUAAAGUUUAUUUAUCCAAAUGGAGAUAUGGAGAUAACAGCAGAUAAUGUCGAAGGCUUAAUGGAUAUGGCUAAAGAAUAUCAAAUGCCAAAUGUCAUUCAAAAAUGUGAAAAGUGGAUGUAUAAAUUUAUGGAGGGUGGUUCAUCUGUUUUAUGCUAUUAUUUAGCCAGAAAACAUGAAUUAUCACAAGUUCAGGAUGCUGCUCUUCUCCAUUUGGCUGAAUAUAAUUCAUCACAGCUUAGAGCUCGAUUGAGUUUAGACAUGAAAGGUAAAUCACCGGAUACUCAAGAGGUACUUUUAAGUGAUUUAUGUCUAAGACUUGCAGGUUCUUAAGUAGUAUACAAUGAACAAUAAAAAGAAAGCCACUUAGGAUUUUAGGAUGCAUUUUUCAACAACCUAAGUGAAUUUUCUGAAAUGUGAUAAAACUGAUGAAUAGAAAAAUAUACACAUAUUUGAUCAGCAAGUUUCUUACCUGUGAUUCUCCUUUUUUUCUUUGUGGACCAAAUAC